AGGUCGAGAGGGUUUGGUGGGAAGAGUCGAGUGGGCAACGGGAGGAAGAAGGACCGGUUCUGUCGGUCGUCCAGACGUCCCGCAGGCUGGGGCUCGGACUGGCCACCGCCCCCCGCAGAGCUGCUGGACCGGCCGCGCCCUAGGGCCAGGGCGGGUGGCCCUCUGCAGUCUGAGCUCUCGGCGCGAUCCGACCGUCCUCCCGCUGUCCUCCCGCUCUCCGCCGAUCUCAGCCGCCCUCCGUCCUCCGCUCCCAGCCCAGCGCCGGCAUGACGGGCUCACUGUUCAAGGGGAACUUCUGGAGCACGGACAUUCUCAGCACCAUCGGCUACGACAGCAUUAUCCAACAUCUGAACAAUGGCCGUAAGAACUGCAAGGAGUUUGAAGAGUUUUUGAAAGAAAGGGCAUCAAUUGAAGAGAAGUACGGCAAAGACCUGCUGAACCUCUCCAGGAAGAAGCCAUGUGGACAGUCUGAGAUCAAUACCUUGAAGAGAGCCCUUGAGGUCUUCAAGCAGCAAGUAGACAACGUGGCCCAGUGUCACAUUCAGCUUGCACAGACUCUAAGAGAAGAGGCCAGGAAGAUGGAAGAAUUCAGGGAAAAGCAGAAACUGCAGCGGAAAAAGACAGAAACAAUAAUGGAUGCUGCCCACAAGCAAAGGAACGCACAGUUCAAGAAAGCCAUGGAUGCCAAGAAGAAUUAUGAGCAGAAGUGCCGGGACAAGGAUGAGGCGGAGCAGGCUGUCCACCGCAGCGCCAAUGUGGCCAACCAACGGCAACAAGAAAAGCUUUUUGUGAAACUGGCCACUUCAAAGACUGCAGUAGAGGAUUCAGACAAAGCGUACAUGCUGCACAUCAACAUGCUGGAGAAGGUUCGAGAAGACUGGCAGAGUGAACACAUUAAGGCCUGUGAGGUGUUCGAGGCUCAGGAAUGUGAACGGAUCAACUUCUUCCGGAACGCAUUGUGGUUGCAUGUGAAUCAGCUGUCACAACAAUGUGUCGCAAAUGAUGAGAUGUAUGAACAAGUCCGUAAGAGUUUAGAAACAUGCAGCAUUGAGAAGGACAUCCAGUAUUUUGUGAACCAGCGGAAAACUGGACAGACUCCCCCAGCACCCAUCAUGUAUGAGAAUUUCUACUCUCCUCAGCGGAAUGCUGCCCCACCAGGAAAGAAUUCAGGGCCCAAUCCAGCAAGGAGAGGACCUCUCCCAGUUCCUAAGCGUAUACCAGAUGACCCUGAUUACUCUCUGGUUGAAGAUUACAGUUUGCUGUAUCAGUGACAACAGAGGUGAAAAGAAAGCUUUCCUCAGCUACUGCUUCUGUGACAAUGACAAGAGACCCAGAGAGCAGCUCAGUCCAUAACCAAAUCGCGUCGAUCAUGAAGACUUUGAUGUGAACCCUUGUUGAAAAAAAUUUUUUUGAUAUUUUAAAUUUAUAGUAUACAUUUGACUCAACCUAGUCGAGUAGAGUUCUGCAGAGUCCCCUUUCCCCCCUCAGAGAGUUUGCAUAAUGCCCCAGAAGGAAGAAUUAUUAUUUCCUGGAUAGUUACUAAGGUUAUGAGUGUUGUUUCCUGUAGGGGAAGCAUAGCCACUCUGAAUCCUAAGCAUUGGCUUGAGCAGAGCUGUGGAGGAUGGCUCCAGUCUCCAAAGAUGCUCCAUGGGCUGUGGGAAGGAGGGCCGGGGGAACGGGCACCCUCUCUCAGUGGUGCAGCGUUUAAAACUACCUUUGUUCAAGGCUAGAAGCCGUAGAAGCAUCUGACUGGACUCGUUUCACAGAUGGGAAACCAAGACCCAGCAGGGUGAGAUCAGUUUCCUUCCAGUUCUGACAGUUCUGCCAGUGAGAGGCAGAACCAGACCCAGAGCGCAGCUUCUUGGCACAGUACUGGUCUAGCCGCUUGUGUGGCCACCAUGCUCCUGCGGGCUGAAUGAGGGUGUAAAGAUUCCGUGCAAGCCUGAUGGCCUGUGUUCCAUCCCUGGAACCACAUAAAGGUGGAAGGAGACAAUCGGUUCCAUGUUGGCCUCUGGCCUCCACACACGUGCAUAGCAGUGACUGACAUGUGCGCAGGCAGACAGACUCACAGACAUACAUAGAUACACACAUACACCAUACACACAUAGAGACACACACCACAAACACACAC